AUGGAGCAAGCACCCAGCGCGCCGAGCCCUCCUCCCAAACCGGCCCAUCACGAGCCCAUCAGCUUCGGGAUCGAUCAGAUCUUGGGAGCCGGUACAGAGCCGGAAAACGGGCGCACGGCUGGGAGACAAAUUGGAUCAGAUUUAAGCAGCGGGGACGGCUAUUACAGUUUAGGAAGCCCGACCGGAGCCAGCGCGCCCUCAUACACCGCGCUGUCUAUCUCCCUCUCCGGUAUAAUGCCUCCGGUGGAGGCUUCAGGUUCAUACGGCGAGAGCAGGAGUCUGGCCAGCCGAGUGAUUCGAGUCCCGGCACACAGACCCAUGACAGCUCCGGGACCCCCGGCCCCAGUCCAGGGCGCUGUUCCUGGGUUUGGAGGGCUUUGCUUCCCCUGGAUAGGCAACAGAUUCGCCAAGGACAGAAUAUCAGCGGCUCUCGUGCCGUUCGCCGUUACGCGGCGGAUAGGACACCCGUACCAGAACCGGACACCUCCCAAACGGAAAAAGCCCCGCACGUCCUUCUCCAGAGUUCAGAUCUGCGAGCUGGAGAAGCGCUUCCACCGGCAGAAGUACCUGGCCAGCGCCGAGCGGGCAGCCCUGGCCAAGAGUCUGAAGAUGACAGACGCACAGGUCAAAACCUGGUUCCAGAACCGCAGGACCAAGUGGAGGAGACAGACAGCCGAGGAGAGGGAGGCGGAGCGUCAGCAGGCCAAUCGCCUCAUCCUGCAGCUUCAGCAGUCCGCCCUCCAGAAGUCCCUCAGCGAAUCAGCAGUGUCGGAUCCACUGUGCGCCCAUAACUCCUCCCUGUACGCCCUGCAGAACCUCCAACCCUGGGCGGAGGAAAGGGAAUAG